AAACAAAACUCUUUCCUUGUAUUGUAUGUUCCUUUCUUUUUGUAUUAGCUCCUUUUGUAUAGUGACAGUUGUUGUUGUGCAUAGAUACUACUUACUGUGUUUAACAUUUGUCCCCAAAUAAGUUCAACUUUAAAACCACAGAGUUGGAAGAGUCACUUAUUAUUUUGCAGAAUGAGCCGAUCUUUUUCAUUUAUCUCCUUGGCUCUCAUCUUCUACCUCUUCCUUCAUCACCACCUUCUCGUAGCUUCUCAAUUCGAAGGAUUCGAUGCUGAAGACGACGAUGUCUCCGACGAUACCUCUCACCUUCACCACUCCCUUCCUCCUCCUCUUAUCACUCAGUCUCACUCAUCACUCCCCGAUCUGGAACCCGAUCUCAUCCCUGAAUCAGACACCGAGCCUCAGUCCACGCCAUUAGAAUACUGGGAUGAAGACGAGUUCGAAGGACUCCCGACGGAGGUAGAGACACUUGAAUCGCCGCCAUUGAUUACAGAAAACAUCACUACUCAUGCUGAUUCGAAGACGUUAGAUCUCAACACUUCUUCGGAAGCUCAAGAAAAUAAUACUAGUACUACUGAUCCGUUGAUGAAGAAGAAGACCAAGUCGUACGCGGUGGAGAUCGCUUGCGUCUGUUUCCUAAUCGCUCUCACGAUCAACUACUUCGUCGGCAAACGUGAGAACGAGAGGCUCGCGUUAGCUUGGGCGGCUAAAUUCGCUUCCAAGGAUACAAUAUUCCAGAAGAAUUUCAGUUUGUUAGGAGUUAGUGAAGGAGAGGAUUCGCCAUUGUUGUUGAAAGAAUCGUUGAAUGUGUUCAAAUUCUACGCCAGUGGUCGUAAGUAUUGCCAUGGAUUGUUAGCUACGAUGGAGCUUAAGAGCAGACACGAUCUCAUCUCUAGGCUUUUUAAUUUGGUGGUUCCUUGUAAAGAUGAGAUUACUUUUGAGGUUUAUAUGAAUGAAGAAACUAUGGAUCAGGUUGUGUUGGCUGUUGUGAGGAAGAAGGCUGUGAAGACGAUGAUAAAGGAGACGAAGGAUUUGCGGAGAUCUGCUUUGAUUCUUCCUUUUGGGAGGAAAUGGGUGUCAGAGGAGUUAGCUGUGAUCUCUGAAUCCAAGGAAGUAGCUGCUAAUAUGAUCACUGACUCUGUGCUUGAUCUGGUUUUUGGUGACAACGCUGUGGAUAAGUAUGGGAAGCAUUUCAUCUCGAUGCAUAUAUCUGACCAACACCCUGGCAAGCACAAGAAGGUGCUGCUUUUCAAGUUUUCCUUACCCGAUGCUAAACAUAUGGAUGAUAUCGUCCGGUUGGUGUUGCUAAUUCCAUAUUACAUCGAAUUAGUAGGACGAUACAGACUCAGCUCCCAGGCGCGGAUCAAAACUGAGAGUGGUAGGCAAAAGGCAGCAGAGGAAGUCAUGCAUUCUAUCAUCUCGGGAUUCGAGAUAAAUGGAACAGUUGCAAACAGUACUGAUUGCAAGUGA